GGCCUUUUAAAAUGUAAACAAUACAAGUCAUUCUACUCAUUUCUCAAUGACUUGCUAAGGACUAGGAAGUGGUAUUUUUAAUUUUAUCAUUGACAGACUCUUUCUAAAUCUAGAUAGAUCAUAGUAGAUCUAUCUUCAGUCUUCUUUUAAUUGUUAUAAUAAAAUAAUUUCAUUCAAUCUAGAAUCUAGCUAGUUUAGACUGAACCAGCACCAGCACCCAGCAUGAACCACGACCACCAUAACAUGAUGGAUAGCACCACGGCCAUGGGCCACAAUCAUGGUGGAAUGGAGGCCACAACCAUGGACCAUAGUGGCCAUAACAUGGACCAUAGUGGCCAUAACAUGGGUGGCAUGGACAUGAUGCAAAUGUACUUCCAUGUAGGCUCUAUGGAGUACGUGUUGUUUGAAAGUUGUAUGACACAAUCAGAUGGGGCGAUGGUUGGGGCAUGUUUUGUUAUUUUUUUUGUGGCCAUCUUGUAUGAAGGCCUGAAAUUUGUCAGGGAGUGGCUGCUCCAGCGCUCGUUGGCUUCAGCCUCCUACGUGGACCAGAAGCUGCCAGCCAGCUCCAGCCACGAACACAUGGUCAUGAGGACACAGAACUCUUCUAUUGCGAACCGCAUGUUAAGUCAGGGUCACCUGGUACAGACUGUGCUGCAUGUGAUCCAAGUGUUUGUCUCCUACUGCCUGAUGCUGGUCUUUAUGACCUACAAUGUCUGGCUCUGUCUGGCUGUGGUGCUGGGUGCUGGGGUUGGCUAUUUUUGUUUUGGGUGGAAGCGUGCGGUUGUCGUGGAUUCUAAUGAGCACUGUCACUAACAAGACAGUUCUCAUAUAGUCUGACAAAAACUGUUGAAUUCUUCUGCUGUUAUAUAUGGCAAGUUAUAUGAUGAUAAAAAUAAGUCUUUAAUUGUAAUGAAAUGAUUCUCUCCUUAUAGUGUCUUAUUGUAAACACACAUUUUAUUCAUUCAUUCUUUUCUUUGCAUAAUCAAAAAUUUUGUAUUCAAAUGUAUUUUUACUAAAGGCAAAAAGUAAAAUUAUUUAGCAUAAUAAAAUGUGCACCAAUUUUUGUCUGCAAGUCAAGGGUAAAAAAGAGCUGAAUAUUUGAUUAAACAGUUUCAAACAUUGA